AUCUGACUGUCAGUUGAACCAACCGAGGAGAAAUACGAAACGUAACGAAAACAAGACAAACAUGGUACUGAAUCUGAUCUUGUUCAACUGUUCACUGACCCGAGGCUCGUCUCAUCUUAGUACCAUACCGCGUAGCCUGGUCUUGAACAAAAGUGCGAAACUACCUCGGAUACACAGCAAAUAAUUACACAGGAACAUCCCCAACUGGAAGCAUUCAACGAACUAAGCCAAAUAGACUCUGUUGAUUGAGUUUAGGUGGCGCGUGCAAGAGCAAACUUAUUCCACCGUUUAUUAAAGUUCCGUUCAAAGUUGGUUCUUAAUUGUGCAAAGCUCUAGGAAUGCUCAUUGUAUAAGCAACACCAUAAUUAGAGAUAAAUCAGAGUCUGUGAGCUUCGAGACUAUAAAACUACCACUUUCACAAUUCAAAAAUAAAAAAAAAGUUGUUCUGUUUUUUUUCUGUUACUGAUCAGAGAGAAAGUAAAUCAUCCCAGCCGUUGUUUCACUCCGGAGUAUUUUUUAUGUGGGAGCAUCAGAAACCCAUGUGAUUCCAGCUCUGGAAAGUUACAUGCUGUCUUUUAAAAUUUUAACAUGGCAGAGAAGAGUCGGUGGUGCUCGGUGUGGAUCGGAUCAGAAACGGGGAUUUUGAAAGGUGUAAAUGUGGCCAAGAAACAGGCAUUUAACUUCAGUGACUUCUCUACACUGACCCGUGAACAGGAGGUUUCUGCUAUGUGUUGGGGUGACGACCUGGAGUCUGAGGUACUGGUUGGCUGUGUAAAUGGGACAGUGAAGACAUUCAGCGUGGAGAAGGGAAAGUUUACAGAGUUUAGAGACUGUUCCGGGGGAGAAGGACCUUUUAGAGGUUUAGCAGUACACAACAGUUCACUCAUUACCUGCGUGGAAUCAGGAGUUCUCAAGGUUUGGAAAGAAGGAUGUCCAGACACAGUUGAAGUAAAUGUGGGACGUGAUGUGUAUAAAAUGAGACAGAGCACUUCAGAGGGCCAUAAGGUUGCUAUCGGAGGCAAGGAAAAUGACUUAAAAAUCUGGGAUCUGCAAAGACCUGAGGAACCAGUUUUUAAAGCCAAAAAUGUUGCUAAUGAUUGGCUGGAUUUGCGUGUGCCUGUGUGGAUUCGAGACUUGCAGUUUUUACCAGAAUCUGACAAAGUGGUCACAUGCACAGCAUACCACCAGGUUCGGUUAUAUGAUCCAUCAUUACCACAGAGACGCCCAGUGUUGGAAACAUCCUUUGAAGAGUAUCCCCUCACUGCCUUGUCUCUGACCUCUGAUGCUAAUUCAGUAGUUGUUGGAAACACUCAAGGACAAGUAGCAGUAAUUGACCUUCGACAAGGUCGAUUAUUGCGCUGCCUCAAGGGCUUUGCUGGUAGUGUGCGAGCUCUCCAGUGUCAUCGUUCUUUACCUUUAGUGGCAUCCUGUGGACUUGACCGAUUCUUGCGAAUCCAUAACCUGGAGGACAAGCACCUUUUGCACAAGGUUUACUUGAAGUCCAGACUGAACUGCCUGCUCUUGACAAGUAGAGAAAAUAUUCAAGAGCAGGAAGAGAAAGUUCAAGAGUCACAAGAAGAAGUGAAAGAUGAUGACAUCUGGGCAGCAAUGCCCACAGUGACUGAUGAAGUAUCUACAAAAAGGAAAAUAAAAAAAACUGAAACAUUAAGUACAGUGACAAAAGACAAAUCAUCCUUAACUAAAAAGAAAAGGAAAUCAGUAACCUGAAUGUGAGAUGUUCAUUAACCAUGUUAUUUUGUAAACUGUGCUUUUUUUUCCUUUAACAUCAGUGAUGCUUUCUGCAAACUAAGCCAUCUGUGAUAUUCCUUUUUACAAAACUGUUGCAACAUGGCUAAGGAUUGAAUUGUAUUUGGGAUAUUAUCAAUUAUGUAACAUAAAUUAUCUAAGAUUUCCACAUCAAUUUUUGGAUAUCAUUACUGAACAGAAGAAUUUUGUUGGCUUGUUCAGGAUAAACUUCCUCUGAAGUGGGAAUGCUACUAGAAAUGUAUAAAGAACUGCUGAUGCUUGCAGGGUACUUUUUGAGAACUGCAUAUCUGAUUAGAACUCUGAAUUUUAUGUGACAUGAGUUUCAACUGGCACAAAAUUAAACCUAUAUUAUAAUGA